GCACCAGGGAGACAUUUCCUUGGCUUGGACCCCCAUCAGAUGGUGAUGCCUGGAGGGAUGCCAGGUGCCCCAGCAGUGCCCUGCUGGCAUGGUCCUGGUCUCGGUGCCGUCCCCGGUGCCCUGCCCUGCCCAAACCACUCCCGGUAAACGUUAACAGGCCGUGGGGCGGCGGGAGGCGUCCGGGUGAUUCAUCCACGAGGCAUUUAAUCGCCUCCUUCAGCCCAGCUCCCAUCCCUCUCGUCCGUCCGUGCGCCCCUUCCAGCGGGGCUCGCUUUAAUUCUCCACCAGCCGAUUAUCCGCUUGACUGCCCGCCGCAGGGGGAGGCACCGGGAGCGGGAGGGCGAUGGCACGGGGCUCUGCCAUCGAGCCGCGCAACAGGGCGAGCAGGGCUUCCCCUCCCAUUCCCGGCAAAGCGGGGUGCAUUCCCGCCCCGCCGGGAUUAAUCCUGCCAUAAAUAAGUCUCUUGGCUAAUGGAGCGUCUUCCUCGGCUGGGUUUAGAUUCCCGGGCUGUGUGUACGCAUGCCUUCAGCCCGCAAAACUCCCCGACAUAAACAAGGCUGAGGCCGGGGGAUGCCGGCUUCUCCGCCCGGGGGAUGCGGGAGGAGCGGGAGAAAUCUCCCGUAGCUACCACCCGUACCACCCGCUUCUCUGGAAAAUCACGGUUCUCUCGCGUCCGGUGAAGGACAGGAGGAGAGGAAUAGCCCUUGGGGAAAAGCGAGUCCAGAGCUGCCGGGGCUGGAACGAGGAAGCGGCAGAGGAAAAGGCAGCGAGCAGCCAAGGGAGCAGAUGGGGGAUUGCAACAGAGCGGAGGAGCGGCGGGAUCAGGCGCGGGUCACACACGUCCCUGUCCCGCCUGGAGCUUGCUCCCAAACCCUCCGGACCCCACGCCUCAAGGAGGAAAGGAAGCGGGAACACGAGGCGGGGGAUGCAACACUGGGGCCACGGAGGCAAAUUUUAUCCACUGGCUGGGCACAUUGCCCCUAGAAAUCAUCCGUGGGGUCCCCUCCCCACGGCGCGGUUCCCCCGGGAUGAGGGAUCUGGCAUGGGAUGGGGACGAGAGCCACGAGCCGGGCUCUCCGCAGCCACUCCGCUACCAAAUAAGGCCUCCGCCGAGCUUUUUACAUGCCGUUCUCGCCCGGCCAAAGUGACGUGACCGCCUUCCCAAAUUGCUCUGGCUCCUCCGUGGGGAAGCCCCUGGCCCACAGCUGCCCUGCACGGGGGGGUCCUUCCCGGGGGAACAGACGGGAGGGACCGGGAGGCCAUCCUGGCUGCCAGGAGCAGGCAGGAGGAGCGGGGAUGAAGUGGGGGCUUUUCCCACCCGGCAGCACCCUGGCUGAGCUCCCCGGGAUGGGGGCUGCCUCUCCCUCUUUUCGGAGGGAGCAGGAGGCUGGAAGGCAAGCCUUGGGAGGGAGGAGGUGAGGCACAGUAGCUGAGCAAUCCUCUUCCCAGCGCUUGAGCAAAUAAGACAGCACCGGCUCCUCCAGCCUGGGCUGGAAAAAGUCCUGCAGGGAAAAUACCUGCCUGGCAACGGGAGGAGCGAGGCUUGCGGGCGGUGAGUGGGCAUCGCCCUCCUCGCCUGUCCGCGGCCCUCUGGGUGUCCCUGGCACCUCCCAGCCGUCCCCUCCGGGGGUUCCCCAUGUCCAGCAUCCCCAAGGAUCAUCCAGCCCCGGGCCCUGCGGAUCCGACCGGGAGCAGAGCGAGGGUUGCCUUUUGCCAGCACGGUGCAGGCCAUGCUUUUGGGAAAAGCAACAGGGCUCCACGGCUGUCACCCACUGCCGUGCCCAACGGAGCCGCAGCAUCGUCUCCCACACACCCCGCAAGGCCGCCAGUGGGGAAAACUCCCCGUUAUUUAGGAAACUUUGGGAAGUUGGGAGCCGGAAGCACCUCUGGAAUAAGCAAACGAAGGCAGGCGACAGCGGGCGAUGGAGCUGCGGUGAUUGAUCCCAGCCUCGGCCACCAGCCAGGGAGCCCAGCAGGGACCUGCUGGAGCAGCCCAGCCGGGUGGACGGUGAGGAGGAAGAGGAGAUCUCAGAUAGAAAUCUUCCCGCUCUCACCCUCACAAAGUCCAAAUUCCCAUCUCAAGGUCACGGGCAAAACCAGGAACUUUCCGGCUGGAAUGAAGAAAAGCAGCUCUCACCGUGGCGGGCUGUGGGGUUGGUCUCCCGUGGGGAUGGGAGCGUUUUGGACAUUUUUGGGGCGAGGCUCACGGGAAAAAGAUGCGCGGCCGCCGGAUGCACGGUACCCACGGGCACCGCCGGCAGCAGACACCGGCAGCGGGACCGAGGGGAGCCUGGUUUAUCCCGCACGCCUCCCGGGGAGAUCCGUGGUCUCGAGUGGGGCUCCCCGCGCCCGCAGGUUCCCUCCGGCGAGGCGGAGGGGCUUUUGCGGGGAGCCCCAGGGGGAGGCGGGCGGUGAAUGGGAGCGUCCCGGGGAGCGGGGAUGCGCUCCCGCCGCUCGUCCCCGUUCCCCCCGCAGCAGCCCCGGGUACCGGGAGCCGCCGAAGCCGACGGGACCCCCCCGGCGAGGACCCCCGCCCAUCCCGAGCGGGCAUCUCGACAAAAAGCUCUGGCUGGACAGCGGGUGGGACAAUAUUCACAACCCUUAUUUGGACUCAGCUUUGGGGAAGAGCUGCAAUUCCCCAGCAGCGCUGGAACCCAGGAAUUUUUGCUGCACCCAUGUCCAUCUGUGCUGGGACACAACGCUGGACUGUGUCAUAGAGGGAUAGAAAGGGAAGUCGUGAACAAGUGGUGACUCUGGAGGGACGGCUGGGUAGAGUGGCGAUUCCCGAGGCUCCAGCGGAACGAGCGGACAAGGUUCAGCUCUGCUCCGGGUCCUCUGGGAGGCAGCCCGAGCAGGAGCAGCUCUCGAGGGAAGGGGCGGGGGGUGGCACCGGGUCCGCGGAGCUUUUCCCAGCCCAGGGUCCGUGUGGAUCCCGAGGUCACACCGCCCUCUGCCGGCACCACGACGGCACCGGGGCUGUCCCCGGCGGGGACGCGGUGACACACGGCCCGUGUGGCCCAGGCACCGCGCCCCGCACGGUCACAAGGCUGCGCUUCGCUCGGACAGCAGAACAGGGGAUGUUUUAUUUCAUAUGUUUUAUUCCCAAAACAAAGCACGAACAACGGAGUUAACGCGUGGGAGACGACAGACUCAAAGCAGGUCUGAGAUUCCCGGUGCAAGAUGAAUAAAUUACAUGAACAAGCAAGAAGUGGUUUGAUGGAAUGAGGGGUGUGGAGACCGGACGCUUCCCAGAGUGUGCAGUGCUUCCCAGGACCAAGCACCCGGCCAGGCACUGGAAGCACGAGGUG